AUUCGACAACGACCUCAAGACCUUCAAGGUAAGAAGCCUAUUACACCGUGUAGACGCUCCUAAACCCGUCUUUCCAUUCCCUAGACUUUGCCAUGGCCACAUUCUCCUCGACACCCAUCGUCAUUGAUGGCAAGGGUCACCUCCUUGGUCGUUUGGCCUCUAUAAUCUCCAAGCAGGUUCUCUCCGGCCAGAAGAUUGUUGUCGUGAGGUGUGAGGAGAUCAACAUCUCCGGCAGCUUCUUCCGCAACAAGCUACGUUACCACAACUUCCUCCACAAGCGCCAUAUCGUCAACCCCAAGAAAUCUGGCCCUUUCCAUCACCGUGCUCCUUCCAAAAUUCUGUUCCGUGCCAUCCGUGGUAUGACUCCCCACAAGACUCCUCGAGGUGCUGCUGCUCUUGAGCGCUUGAAGCUCUUCGAGGGUGUUCCACCGCCAUACGACCACAAGAAGCGUAUGGUUGUUCCUGAGGCUCUGCGGGUGUUGCGGUUGAAGCCCGGCCGGAAAUACUGUACUGUCAAGCGUUUGUCGCACGAGGUCGGCUGGGGCUACAAGGAUGUUGUGGAUCGUCUUGAGGAGAAGAGGAAGAUCAAGGCUCAGGCCUUCCAUCAGCGCAAGAUUGCAGCACUGAAGCUGCGCCAAAAGGCAGUUUCGGAUGCCUCGACAUCCUUCGAGAAACUGACGACGCUGGGCUACUAGAUGGAUGGGAGACUAUUUCAUCUUCGAUGUGCUUGCGUUGCUCUAUGUUAUGAUCCGUUCCCAUAAGACAUGCAUGUAACUAUGCGACCUCUGCUGAGCCGGCGUUUUUAUGAUGAACCUCAUUCGAUACUCUGAAAACACUUGCAACAGAGAUGUAGUUCUAGGCAUGAAUAUGAUACAUUUCAAGGAUAAUAAUGACUUACAACACUUUGGGAGAGAUGGCCUGAUGCGGACAUACCGCCGAGUCAUUACAUAAUAUGUAGCUG